AUGAUAGGCGCCCUUUUGCCUGCCGGCUCACUGAGCCAGGCAGGAUCUACCGAUGCGAACCUCCUCACCAAACCAUACGUUCUUCUAUCUAUCGCAGCUAUGUUUCUGUUCUAUGGCUUUUACAGAUGGGCACUGCCGAAACCAAUUUCCGACAUCCCCUACAAUGUGAGCGCUACGAAGAACAUCUUGGGAGAUAUCCCAUCACUCCUGGAAGGAGUGAAGCGCACCGGCGAGUUCAACCUCUGGCUGCAGGAGCAAGCCGCCAACUUCGGCUCGCCUCUCUUUCAAGUUUUCAUUCGACCCCUCAGCAAGCCAGUCUUGAUUCUCUGCGACUUCAGCGAGGCACAGGACAUCAUGAUGCGCCGCAAGGACUUCGAUCGAUCCCACAUGACAGCCGACCUUCUCGAGGGCGUCGGACCGAAUCACCACAUCCACAUGAAGACGAACGGAGAGUGGAAGCGACACCGGAGACUUCUUCAGGACCUGAUGUCACCCGCUUUUCUGAACGAAGUCGCCGGCCCUACAGUUUAUGCCGGUGUACAAAGGCUCAUCGACCUGUGGGCAGAUAAGACGCGUCUGGCUGAUGGUCGACCAUUCGCAGCCGAGACGGAUAUUUACUACGGCUCCUUGGAUGCGGUGAUAGCUUUCACCUUUGGCGGUGACUUCCCUAACAGCGCUAUCCGCCCAACAAUAGAUGCUGUUCGGAGCCUCACGGCCGAGGACAUCGAGCGCCUACGAGGAGUCUCGGCGGCAGCAAAGGACAAGAUCAUGGACUUCCCUCAAGGCGAAUGUGACGAGAAGCUCACCGCCACGCUGGAUGUUGCUGGCUCUAUUGAACAUCUUAUUGGGUCGCCGAUUCCGAGGAUCAAAUGGUGGUUCGUCGAGAGGAGACCUGAGAUCAGCAAGGCUAUUCAGAUCAAGAAGGCGUACGUACUCGAAGAGAUUGCCAAGGCGCUGCAACGACUCAAGGAGCACGGUGGUGAGGAAACGAAGGUCCUGUCGGCAGUCGAGCUGGUGGUUCUCAGGGAGAAGAAGCUCGCGGAAAACGAGAACAGGCAGCCGGACUAUUUCAGUUCUACCAUGAUCGACGAGGUCUUUGGUGUUGUCGUCGCGGGUCACGAUACGACAAGUACGACGAUGUCCUGGGGAGUGAAGCUCCUGGCAGACAACCCCAGUGCCCAGACCAAGCUUCGUGAGGCGCUUCGAGCAGGAUUCGCCGAUGCCGCAGCCGAAGGUCGUGCCCCGACUAUUAAGGAAAUCACAAACACCAAGAUUCACUACCUGGACGCCGCUAUGGAGGAGAUCCUUCGUUGCGGCGGCGCUGCACCUCUCCUCGACCGCGAGGCCCUCUGCGAUACCGAACUUCUUGGCCACCACAUUCCUAAGGGAACGGUUGUGAUGUGCCUCGGCCGAGGACCCAGCAUGAUGAAGCCCGCGAUUCCCGUCGAUGACUCCAAGCGAAGCAAAUCCAGUAUUGCGGCGAAAGCCCGUGUCUGGGAAGAUGAGGAUAUCGGCCAGUUCAAGCCGGAACGCUGGUUGGCCGGCGACGCGGAGAAGGACUCAUACGAAUUUGAUCAGCAAGCUGGCCCCCAGCUCGCUUUCGGUCUGGGUACGCGCGGUUGUUUUGGAAGGAGGCUUGCGUAUCUUGAGUUGCGCAUCAUCGUGACGCUGAUUGUGUGGAAUUUCGAGCUGUUGCCUUGCCCGGAGAAGUUAUCUGGGUAUGGCGCAAAGGAGGGCCUGACGUACAAGCCUAAGGACUGCUAUGUGCGUCUGCGGGCCGUGAAGAUGGACUAG